UAUAUAAGCGUGCCCCGGUUAGGCGUUUGUUAGACACAAGCAGGUGCUUUCAUCCAGUCUUCCCCUUCUUGUCUUGGUCGGGCUUUCCUCCCCAAAGUUCAUAGACCUUUCUUCACGAUUGCAACCCCUGCUUUCGAUACUUACGAAGGCAUUUCUAUUCCGCUACCAGCUCUUCUCAUCGUCGCCUUUGAUUGUUAUUCAAAUUCAUUAUCACUUCAUCACACAUUGCAAAGAUGCGUUACUUCAUCUCCCUCCUCGUUGCUGGCUCAGCACUCACCAGCGCCCUCACACUAAACGAGCGUCACAACAAUGGACCAGCCCCGGAAGAAACUCCCACCGACGUCCCCAGCAACGUCCCCACCGACGUCCCCAACGACGACGGAAAAGUGAUCUAUCUCCCCAUCCAAAAGUCCAGCAUAGCCGUCGUCGGUCCAACUGGAACGGGCGGCUACGUCCCCCCUAUUCCGGUCCCCACAGGGGCUAUUCCUACUAGUGUCCGUCACUCGUCUGGCGUCCCAACGGGAGUGUUCCCCACCGGCGUCUUCCCCACUGGCGUCUUUCCGACCGGCGUAUUCCCCACUGGCGUCUUUCCCACGGGUGUCUUUCCUACUGGAGGCUAUAAGCCUACCACACUGUUGACCUAUACGCGCGGUCCUAUCCCAACGGGUGUGCCGCCUCUUCCGCCGCCUAUUCCGCAGAACCCCACGGAGGAAGAGUGGAAAGCUUGGUGGAAGAAGUGGCUCGAGUGGGCGGAGAAGUAUGUUUGGGGACCAGGGGGGAAGGGCAAGGGCAGGCAUGGAUAUGGAGAAGGGGAGGGAGAAGGACAAGGGGAAGGCCAGGGAGAAGGUCAGGGAGAAGGCCAGGGUGAAGGCCAAGGUGAAGGUCAUGGCCAAGGACAUGGCCAAGGAUAUGGGCAGGGACGCGGGCAGGGCCGUGGGCAAGGCCGCGGUCAAGGUCGCGGUCAAUAUGACGAGGAAGAAUAGAUUGCUUCUAAGCAGCGCUGGGGGGCGCCUGGGACGAAAGAGUAACGGAUAUGUAUAUAUGGGUUCCAGUCCCGUCCCCGGAGGGUAGACUAGGUACAUCGGCUUGCUUCAAUGAAUGUGUGACUAUAGGGGGAUAAAAAGGUCCUGCUACAAGUUGUUCACUGUUGCUUCUUGGUGCAUAGU